CUAAAAUACAAGGCAGAUUACGUGAACCAAAGGGGUCACUACGUUGGAGUCAAUAAUAUGAGAGAAGACCCAAAACUGGUGUGGUUUGAGCAUGCUGGCAAGAUCCAGAAUGACCGAUUGUACAAAGAUGCAUACAACAAGACCAAGUCUAAAAUUCACAUACCUCCAGACAUACUAUCAGUCAUUGCAGCCAGAGAUUGCCAGCAUGUGGUCAGUGAAAUUCCAUAUCGUCAUUACCUUCAUGAAUGGACAUGUCAUCCUGAUCAGAAUGACUGCAUCCAAGCAAGGAAAGCUUAUGACCUUCAGAGUGAUAACAUUUAUAAAUCUGAUCUGGAAUGGAUCCGUGGCUGUGGUUGGAUCCCAUUAGAUUCAGUGGAGCACCGGAAAGUGAAGAAGGCUCAGGACUUGAUAAACAAG